CCGCGGGCUCUGCUCAUGGGGCGAGUGCAGCCUCGGCCCUCGCUCCCGGACGGAGACCGCACCGACGGCCCGGGCCUCCGGGCCCGGACGGGGAGCAGCCCGGGCCGGGCCGGGCCAGGCCAGGUCCGGGGGCUGAGCCGCAGCCCGGCUGUCGCCGCAGUCGGGGCAACAGGAAGCGGGCGGCGGCCCGGGGCCCGGCGCCUUUCCGGGGGAAGUCGAUUAUUGUUUAAGGCGCAGAGAAAGGGAUCAACUUCCACAUCCGGUCGGCCAUCGCCUCAGCGUGACCUGGAAAAGCUUCAGGCCGCCCGCGCGGGGAGCGGGAGCCCGGACCGACCUCCCGCCACAAGGCGCACCUACCUCGGCCGCCGGCUGUGGCUCCGGGCGGCGGCGGGGACCGGGCGGCGGGACGGAGGAGGACGCAGGCCCCGCGCUGGCACCGAGCGCAAGGCGGACCGCGGAGGGCGAAGGUGGGCGCACGUGACCCGGGCCGCGCGCCCGGGCCGCCGCCGCCAUCUUGGUGCAGGAGUGAAUGGCGCGGCCGUGACGGCCUGAGGUGGCCCGGAGACGGGACAUGACGGGACGGGGCGGCGAGUGAGACGAAGUAUGUACAUAAUCCAGCUGCUUUUGAAAGUAAAUAUAGAAGGGACCACUUCUGUUCCAAACAGUUGAGAAUCAGAGGUUUUUCAAAAUGCCUGCAGUUUCAAGUGAUGUGAAGAAAUUGUACCUGUCCACGUGCUUGGCUGAUCUCAAUAAGAAAGCAGAAGUGAAACUGGAAAAGAAAAGCACCAAAAACAUUGUUGCGAGUGCCUGUAAAAUUUUCAAGGCUGCAGAAGAAAGUAGGUUGGACAGAGAUGAAGAAAGAGCUUAUGUUCUUUACAUGAAGUACUUAACGGUAUAUGAUCUAAUUCGGAAAAGGAAUGAUUUUAAACAUCAGCAGGACUACUAUGUUUCUUUACUUGGCCCUACAAGCUUCAGAAAAGCCAUAGAAGAAGCAGAAAGACUUUCUGAAAGCCUGAAGUUAAGAUAUGAGGAAGCUGAAGUACGUAAAAAGCUUGAAGAAAAUGAUAGACUGCAAGAAGAGAAAAGCAAAGAGCAAGAAGGAACAAAAAGCAAGGGACAGGAUAACAGUUUGAUAGCAGCAACCAGAGGUUCUUCGGGCCAGGUUGGCAUUAAGAAAGGAAACCUAAAGGAUGACAGUGUGUUAACCAACAUCAAAGAAUCCAGUACAGAGCACAUUGGUUUGCCUCGAGGCACAAUCAAUGCAGAAAAGCUAUUUGCAAUGUUGCAAGAUGAAAACACUGAGGUGAUCAUUAUGGAUGCUCGGAGUUCCAAGGAUUACCAGGAAUCUCACAUACAUAUGGCCAGGUCAUGCUGUAUAAGUGUGCCAGAGGAAGCUAUCAACCCAGGCAUCACUGUUAACCAGAUAGAGUUGAAACUGCCAGAAGAAUCAAAGGAGAUGUGGAGAAAGCGGCAGUUUGUUGAUUACAUUGUUUUGUUGGAUUGGUUCAGUUCCAUCAACCAGGUGAAAGGGGGAACUGUUCUUCAGAGCCUCAAAGAUGCACUUUAUAAGUGGGAUAGCCAAGUAAUUCUUCGGAGUGAACCAAUGGUGUUGGAGGGUGGCUAUGACAGCUGGCUUCUCUGCUACCCAAUGUACACCACUAAUUCCAAAGUGACUGUUCCAAAGGAAGAAUCCUAUACAGCUGUCCAAGUCUCCUUGAAUUUUAGUUACCCAUCCUUGGAGGAAACCCCUCCUCCUUGCCCAUGCUCUGGAGACCUUGAUGAAGGGAAGGCAUUCCAAGAAUUGGGAAGUUUUAAUGGUAACUUAUCUGAGCCAGAAGGGACAACAAAAGAAGUCGCCAUAGAAACGAGUAAUGUGCCUAAUGGUGUACCUGGUGCAAGAGGUCCAGUAUCAACUGGUGGGCAACCCGUUGCAGUGAAAAUCAUUCCACAGAUUGAUCGAACUAAGAAACCUGCACUAAAAGUGCCAGAGAGGUCUUGUUCUGGUACAGAAGGUCUACCUGUUCACAAUGGACCAGUGAUACCUGAUCGGUCAACAAAGCCAUGUGUGGAGCCACAAAACCUGUUAACGGAUGAAGAAAUAAGUCAGAUCCAUGCUGAAGCAGCAUUGAUCAGUGAAAAGGCCAGAAAAGAAAAAGAACAGCGUGGGCGAAGGCAGGAAGAGCAAAGGAGAAAGGAACAAUUAGAGAGAGAAAAGGAAAAAGAACAGCGUGAGGAAGAAGAAAAGGAGCUUAAAAUAAAAGCAGAGCAAGACAGACAGAGCAAAGAAACUGAAGAACAGAGAAGACAGGAACUGGAAGACAGAUGGCAGAAAGAAGAAGAUGAAAGGAAACUAUUAGCAGAGCAAGUAAAGAAGUCUCUGGAGGAAAAAGGGAAAACUGAAAGUCAGAUAAGAGAGCAGGUGGAUGUGAGGAAAGAUGUGCAAGAGCAACCUGUACCUGAGCCCGAGGCCAGCAGCUCUAGUAGAGAAAAGCAGGCACAGCAGCAAGACCUUGGUCAAAAGAAGCAGGAAAAUGGAGGCCUGCAAUCAACAGUGUUUAAAGAGGAUGAAAGAACAAAUGAACCAAGAGAAAUGUUAACCAGAGCAAGAAGUGAAGAAAUGGGUCGGACAGUUCCAGGCCUGCCACCAGGAUGGGUGAAGUUUCUUGACGUGGUAACCGGAACCUAUCGAUACUAUCAUUCACCAACCAACUCUGUUCACAUGUACCCACCUGAAAUGGUGCCAUCGAUCACACCACCUGCAACACCUCCAACUCACAAAGCCAAACCGCCAAGUGUAACAGAUGCUGAUGUUCCCAAAUUGAAACGUUCCUACUCCUCGCCAGAUAUUGCUCAAGCAAUUCACGAUGAGCAAAGCAAGGUGAUAACAACCAAACCAGUGCCCACAGUCAACCGGGAAACAAAACCCUCUGUCUGCAGCAAAACUGAAAUCUCAAGCCCUUCUGCUUCUCAAAUCAGAAACUUGAACCCUGUGUAUGGAGGUCUGGGCCGAGCCCUGACAGGUCUGCGCAAUCUUGGCAACACCUGUUACAUGAAUUCCAUCUUGCAGUGUUUGUGCAACACUCCACGACUGGCCGAGUACUUCAAUAAAAAUUGUUACCAACGAGAUAUAAACAGGUCAAAUAUUCUUGGUCAUAAAGGUGAGGUGGCUGAAGAGUUUGGUAUAAUAAUGAAGACCUUGUGGUCAGGGCAAUAUAAAUGUAUCAGUCCACGAGACUUCAAGGGACGCAUUGGGAAAAUAAAUGACACGUUUGCAGGAUAUGUGCAGCAGGAUUCCCAGGAGCUGCUCCUUUUUCUCAUGGAUGGGCUUCACGAAGAUCUAAACGAAGCUGAACGGAAGAGGUACAAAGAGGAGAAUAAUGACAGCUUGGAUGAUUCAAGAGCAGCUGAUCUGGCCUGGAAGAAGCACAAACUUCUCAACAAGUCCAUCAUUGUGGCUUUGUUCCAGGGCCAGUUUAAAUCGACAGUACAGUGCCUGACUUGUCAUAAAAGGUCCCGAACUUUUGAGGCUUUUAUGUACCUAUCUCUGCCACUUCCAUCUUCUAGCAAAUGUUCUCUGCAGGAUUGUCUCAAAUCAUUUUCCAAAGAAGAGAAACUCACAGACAACAAUCGCUUCCACUGUAGCAACUGUAAGGCUCACCGAGACUCCACAAAGAAGCUGGAGAUCUGGAAGCUGCCCCCUAUCCUACUGGUGCAUCUGAAACGAUUCUCUUAUGAAGGGAGAUGGAAACAAAAGCUGCAGACAAAUGUUGACUUCCCAUUGGAGAAUCUGGAGCUGUCAAACUACGUGAUUGGUCCAAAGAACAAUGUGAAAAGAUACAAUUUAUACGCAGUGUCGAACCAUUAUGGAGGACUGGAUGGAGGACACUACACAGCAUACUGCAAGAAUGCAGUGAGCAGCGCUGUUCAAGUUUGAUGACCAUGAUGUUUCGGAGAUAUCUGCUUCCUCGGUGAGGUCAUCAGCUGCCUAAUUCUCUUCUACAGCUCGUUGGAGCUCUGUGUAGCUGACUUAGCCACAUAGCAGCAUUCCGUGCUCCACUGUACUCUGUUAGUGUUAUACCUGCCUGCGUUGGGCAUGUGAUUAGAAAGACUAACAGUAUAUAACGCUGGAGCAAAACACUUUGACGAUGAGAGCUUAACUGGAUGACUGUCCAUUGUACUUGGAGUAUCUGCAUCCUAGAGAGGCAAACUUUAGUUAUGUAACAGAAUUUAAAAUCUCUAUUAGAAUGAUUACAAGAAUGUCAAAUCCUGUUCACUGAGCAGAGUUUGUAGUUUGCAAUAGUUUUCACAAGCCGGGAGUUUCAUUGCCCAUCAGAUUAUCUUUGCUGCUACACAAGACAGAAGUACGUCUGAUUCCCUCCAAUAACUUCCUGUUGUAUUGGCCUUUCUAUAUCAGUUUAUAGUCAAUCUUUCUGUACUGUGGAAAAUAACUGGGGAGUGCUGUAAACUGGUGGGAUUAUAUCUGUACAUAAUAACUGCAGACUGCACAAAAUGUCUGUGUGUAUAUAAGCUAUAAAUACUUUUAAAAAGUAAUACUUUUUUUUUGAAGUAAUGUUGCCUAUAUUUCUACCUAAAACCAGAGGAAGUGCUUAAUUGAAGAUGUAACUGUGCUGCACCUGAUCUUAUCCAAAAGUUGUAUUGCAAAUUAUUUUCAAAUUUUUGCAAAAGCUCUGCGUGUAAAAUAUACUGAACUGUUAAUUCAAAUUACCUGUCUGACUUGCUAAUGAGUGACCGUUCUGUUUAUUAGGGGACAGUUUCCACACUGGUGCUGACAUGAUCCAAUGUAAUUGCUUAAAUCUUUACUGAUGUACCAGUGUGGCCAAGUUUAUCUGCAGUGAGGAAGGCAAAGAAAAUUGUGUGUAAUGGAAUGUUGGUCUUGGGUUAGAAGGGAUGGAAGUGAUAUUACAGCUCAAACCCCAUCCAUAGCAUUGGAUUCACUUCUCAAAGCACCAGAGGGGGUAUGGUGUGGAUUCACCAGAGGGAAACGAGCUGAAGAGUUUGCACAGUCCAGUCCUGUGUUCCAUGAAGUUUUAAAGUGAAGGAGUAAUUUAACAGCUGUUUAAUGUGUACAAAGGAUGUGGAGCUAACCACUAUCCUUCCCCACUCCCCACACCACCUCCAGACCCUGACAUUAUGGUUCCCUCCCAGUUACCGAGGGUUACAAGACCACUGUUGUAAGAACAGGAGAAACCAGAUCUGCUUCAAAGGAUGGGGGAGAAAGGUAAAAAAAUUUCCUCUUGUGGGGGAGGCUCAAGAAAGUGGUCCAUGUUACAGCCAGAUCCUGCCAGGGUUGUACAGAAUUUCAAAUUACUCUUGAAAUCAGUAUUUUUCAAAUAGUAAUUUUUACUAUUUGAAAAAAGUAAAAAUAAAAUUGAUCAAUUAUUGAGCAGUGGGUAUUGGGGGUUCCAGAGCAGUGGAGUAACUGACUGUGAUCGUAUUGAGGAACGUGUGAGAGAUGAUCACUUCCCGUGGUAUACCACCUCUCCCUCCCUUGGGCUUUUAUUACAUCCCUGAGGUCACAGUAAGUGAUUAUGUAGAAUUACUUUUGGCUUUGACUGAGAUGAUCUUGCUGUUGUAUUCCCCCGUUUUUCUUUCAGUGGAAGUCUUGCACUGCAGUUUGUUGAAGUUAUUUCUCAAUGUCAGGAGAUUGACUGUUUGCUUAUCCAAAUGUUAUCAAUGACAAAGCAACUUAUCCCACUCCGAGUGUUAUUCUACAAGCUGCACAGAAAGCAAUGUUAAACAGACAGCAAUCCAAGCAUUUAAUCUGAAAACACUCCUCCCAAAUGGAGGUUAUAAUCUAAAGACUAGGUGAUGGAUAACAGUCUAGAAUUACCAGCACAUGUUCUACAGAAUUGAUUUUUCUCAAAAGGAUUUGCAUUGACUCUUUGUAGUAGCAGACAAAUAAGCACUCAAAUUAAGUUUCUCACUGAUGUCUCAUCUCAUGCUGGAAUUCACCCCAUCCACACCAACACAUAGUGGUCUUAAAUCACAUCAAGGAGCGGAGCUGCCAGCCUAGGUCCAAGUUUUAUUUAGAGGAUUUUACAAUUUGCUCUCCUUGCUUGACCUCUUAAUAAAUCUGUAGCCCAGUGUAAACUUAGAGCUGCAGCAACACUAAAUAUUUCAUUUGGAUUACUAAAAUAUUGACACUCCUUUUUUUUGAAAUUAUUAAACUUUCAUAUUGUUGAAGAUUAUCUUUCAGUGUGAUUUUAAGAUUUUGUUAAUGGGUGGGAACAGGACUUGUGUGGGCUAUAAGACACUUCAUCUCAUCCACCUAUUUCUGCAGCAUCUCUCAUAUUACAAGCCUUUAAAAUUUGUUAUUUUAAUACUUCAGCUUGGAAGUUUUGUUCCUGAGAUGAGAUGUUUCGUUAGCACUUUUCUGUAUUUUCUCAAUAUUAAACAUGCCGAUUCAACUGAU